UGAGAGAAGAAGAAGGAGAACCAUUCAGUUUCAACAUGGCGUCCAAGUACUACCAGGAGAUGCAGGAGAGCUUCAGGAACAACAACAAGAGCCGAGAGUUCCCGGCUCACACCGCUAAAGUCCACUCUGUGGCCUGGAGCUGCGACGGGAGGAGACUCGCUUCCGGAUCCUUCGAUAAAACUGCCAGCGUUUUCAUCCUGGAGAAGGACCGGCUGGUGAAGGAGAAUAACUACCGAGGCCACGGGGACAGCGUGGAUCAGCUCUGCUGGCAUCCAACCAACCCCGACCUGUUCGUCACCGCCUCCGGAGACAAGACCAUCCGCAUCUGGGACGUCCGCACCACCAAAUGCAUCGCCACCGUCAACACUAAAGGAGAGAACAUCAACAUCUGCUGGAGCCCAGACGGUCAGACGAUCGCUGUGGGGAACAAAGACGACGUGGUGACGUUCAUCGACGCCAAAACGCACCGCUCCAGAGCCGAGGAGCAGUUCAAGUUCGAGGUGAACGAAAUCUCCUGGAGCAACGACAACGACAUGUUCUUCCUCACCAACGGCAACGGCUGCAUCAACGUCCUCAGUUAUCCGGAGCUGAAGCCCAUCCAGUCCAUCAACGCUCACCCGUCAAACUGCAUCUGCAUCAAGUUCGACCCCACGGGGAAAUACUUCGCCACAGGAAGUGCCGACGCGCUCGUCAGCCUGUGGAACGUGGAGGAGCUCGUGUGCGUGCGCUGUUUCUCAAGGCUGGACUGGCCGGUGAGGACUCUGAGUUUCAGCCACGAUGGGAAGAUGUUGGCGUCAGCCUCCGAGGAUCACUUCAUUGACAUCUGUGAGGUGGAAACAGGAGAGAAGCUGUGGGAGGUGCAGUGUGACUCCCCCACCUUCACCGUGGCGUGGCACCCCAAGAGGCCGCUGCUCGCCUACGCCUGCGACGACAAGGAGGGAAAAUACGACAGCAACCGAGAGGCCGGCACCGUCAAACUGUUCGGCCUGCCCAACGACUCCUGAGACCACCAGCUCACACUCUACUGGUUACACUGGUUUCUGAAAUUAUUUAAGAAACAGUUACGCUCGUCCACCAGCAGAUGGCGCCGCUGUCACUACUUUCACUGUUUUUAUACACGGAUAAAACCACAACUCCCAGCUCUGUAAUAUAUUGUUUUUUUUUAUGUGAAAUAUACAUUUUUUUUGAUAAUAAAAAGGUGUCUUUGUAAAUAA